UUUUAUUUUUUCUCUAUUUAUAUUUAAUGAUAGUUUAGGUAUCUUAAAUCCCCUUUAUAGUAUAUCCUUGAAUAAAAACAUUAUUUUACCAAGAUGUGUGAAGCCAUAACGAGCCAGUCUUCAAAUGUUAUUGGGUGAUGGUAGUGGUGGUUUUUUCUAUGAUAUAUCUGCCAUAGUUACUUCUGCUCCCAGUGCCCUGCUAUCCCCCUCGCUCAGGCCUUAUGAUCUCAUAUCUGGGUGUAUCAGGUAGCUUUUGCUGAGUAAUGCAUCACCCCAAAAUAAGUGGCUUAAAACAACCAUGCCUUUCGUCUGUGACUGUGGGCUAAUAAUUUGGGGCUGCGCUCUCUUCUGGUCUUGCCUGAGCUCACCAAGGCGUCUGUGGGCAGCUGAGACAGCUGCUCCAGGUGGCCUCUCGUCAGCCAGCAGACUAGCCUGGACUUUUUCAUCUGAGGACAAAACAGUUCCAAGUGCAGCAAGAGGGCAAGAGGGCAAGAGUGCUCUUCAACCUCUGCUACAUCACCUUUGCUGACGUUCUAGUAGUUAUAUAACCCACCCAUAUCCAGUGGGUGGAGGGAUAAACAAACUGUCUCUUAAUGGGAGGAUCUGAGUGAAGUGGGAUACUUUGUGCUCAUUUUCACAAUCUACUGAAUUAUCACAUCUCCUGCCUUGCCAGCUUCUCCGGCAGUAGGUUGUGGCUGCCCGAAUCCAUUCUGCUUCCUGAUCCAAUUUAAUUUUCCUUAAACUUUGCUUGUAUCAUGUUACAUCCCUGUCCGACCCUCCCACCCACUGAAGCUGUCUCUUUACCCACCUCAUCAGCUAUAAACUCUUCUGCCUAAGUGACGAAGGUCUCCUUCCACUCGCCUGACCCUAAAGGCAGAGCGCAUAGUGCCUGGGAAAGAACUGGCAGUCAGGGAAGGCCUGCGCACUAGUUCCAGCUUGGUCACUGACUAGCUUCUAACUCCCUGGGCUUCUGUUUCUCCAACUAUAAAGUGAGGGAGUUUGGAUUACAUCUUAGAGGUUCUUUUCAAAUUUAAGGUUUAGGCUGACAAAUUUAUUUCCUAUUACUCCCUAAACAUGCCUUCAACUCUAGGAGACCCAGCUUCUUAUUUUCCUCCUGAACAUCUCGUGUUCACGUUACUCUUUAUGCUUUCAUUCCCCAUGUCCUCUCAGUCUGGAAUUGCCCUUUGCCCUCUUCACUGCUUGUUUUAAAUUCUGCCCACCUCUUGUCUCUGUUAAUCUCUGCCAUCCAAUUUGGCAGUUAAUUGUGUUAUUUCUCAUAUUAUUCAAUGUUUUCAUUGUUAGUCUUAUCAACUAGAUUUUAAACUUAUAUUGAGGAAAGAGACUGUAUUUUGCACAUUAACUAAGUGUAUAGCAGGUAUCAAUAAAGUAUUUGUAGAUUAAUCCUAAAUUUCUAUCUCAGGUCAUAGAAAGUUGGAACUGGCUGAAAACUUUAAAGACAAGUAGGAGGAUUAAGAGUGCUGGGGCAGAGGUGGUGAUGGCGAUGGUUGGAGAGUGGGUAGUUUUGUUAAGUGUACUCAAGGUAGUGUACACUGACUGAGCUGGUAGCCUUUAGAAUGUAUCUAGAGUUGCUUUGCAGGCCUUUCCUCCAGCCAUCCUGUGACCCUGGUUCUCCUCUGCUUGUGUCCUGCAGUUUUCAUCCUUCUGUAAGCUGUCACCAUGACGCUGACAAAAGGUUCCUUCACCUACUCCAGUGGGGAGGAGUAUCGUGGCGAGUGGAAGGAGGAGAGACCUGCUCCAAAUCUGAUGGCUGUGACUUAAGAUGGGAAGGUCGCAGGAGCCAGGUUGUGACUCUGGGCCGCAGACAUGGUUUUGGUCAACUGAUGUUUGCAGAUGGUGGCACCUACCUGGGUCAUUUUGAGAAUGGGCUCUUCUGUGGCUUUGGGGUACUGACCUUCUCAGAUGGCUCAAGGUAUGAGGGGGAGUUUGCCCAGGGCAAGUUUAAUGGCGUCGGAGUCUUCAUUCGACACGACAACAUGACCUUUGAGGGGGAAUUUAAAAAUGGCAGAGUAGAUGGCUUUGGCCUGCUGACUUUCCCCGACGGGUCCCACGGAAUACCCCGCAACGAAGGUCUGUUCGAGAACAACAAGCUGCUGCGGCGUGAGAAGUGUUCCGCGGUCGUACAGCGAGCCCAGAGCGCCUCCAAGUCAGCCAGGAACCUCACCGCUUGAUGGGCGCCCUGUGCACCAGCUGACAAGUAUUGGGUAAAGCAGAUGCCCCGCUAUUCUGUCGAGGUGAACAAAUGAACCAGAUGUGAGAGGAGAUGGCAUGACCAUGUGCUGUGCCACAUCACCUGCCAGUCAGGGGUGCGACCACAGAGAAGUUCUGGGGACUAUGGCCCAGGCCCUGCAGAGUGGUUACCAGUUCUGUCUUUUCCUUGUCUCGCUGUUGGUACUCUCUGUCCCUAACACCCUGGGUUACCCAGUGCAGACCUGCCGCUGCCUUGUACUUCCUUUUCUGCUAAGUGAUGCAGAAUCUCCUCAUUCUGUUUGUAUUGGGGGUGGGGGGGUGAUCCAAAUAUAUCCCCCUGUGAAGGAUUAGGUAACAGUGCUAUUUCCCUUUCCCUGACUUUACAAGCUGUCUUGCUUACCUGAAUUCUAGCAGAUACUCCCUAUUUGUGCCUCUUUCCUUCAUUAGACAUGGGACAGGAUUCCUUUAUGGGAUAGUCAAGAAAGAGACUGAUGUAAACAGUUAUUUUAUAACUUGUAUUUAUUACAUACUUCAGGGCAAAGGGCAGACCUCUCUGGGCCAUAUCAGGUCCUACCAUGGAGUGAACUGAAUCCUUAGAGCUGACAUAGCUCCUUCCCAGUGGACCAAUAGUUUAGGUAGAAUUGGAGAACCCUGGUGAACUAACCGAGCAUUUGGCUCCUUGCAUUUGGUUCACUGUAACUCUUCCACCACAAGCCUUGGCCAUCAGGCCUGGGGAUCAGAUCUUGAUUGAUAGGGUCCCUACACAGUUCUUCACAGAGGCCUCCAGUUACCCUGUGACCCGAACACACCCCACCCCACCCCACUCCACCCCUUUAUCCUCACACUGAAUGUCUCCUCAAUAGCAGAUUAUGGUGGAAAUUAUAGCCGUGUGCCUCUAUUUAUUCUUUGAAUGGUACUGUAGAAACAGGUGUUUAUGAGGAAUAAAACUACCAGAACUGCCUAUA